AUGCCUCUUCCAUUACUGUCGCAGUUCGAGGUCAAGAACGAAGAUGGCACAUUGUUCCUGGGCGAUGGCUCUUUGGCAGCCGCCCCGACACCGAAAUUAAACCAGCGUGGUAUCCGAAAUAUCAUCAAAGUGGUGGAUGAUCGUUGCUUAGUAUUCGAUCCUCCCGAAGACAACCCCGUCCAGAAGUUCUCCAGAUCUGUCGUGCCCGUCGUUGGGAAGAAGGUCAAGGAUCAGGUCUUUGCAUUCGAUCGCAUCUUUGACGAGAACGCAAACCAGACCGAAGUAUACGAAGCCACCACAAAGACCCUACUGGAUAGCGUACUGGACGGGUACAAUGCCACGGUCUUCGCCUACGGUGCCACGGGAUGCGGCAAGACGCACACGAUUACUGGUACCUCUCAACAGCCCGGCAUCAUAUUUCUCACCAUGCAAGAACUGUUCGAGAAGAUUGCCGAUCGGAACGAGGAGAAGCAGACCGAGGUGACCUUGUCAUACCUCGAGAUCUACAACGAGACUAUCCGAGAUCUGCUGGUGCCAGGCGGCAGCAAACAGGGCCUGAUGCUCCGUGAGGACUCCAACCAGGCUGUGACGGUGGCCGGCCUAACUAGCCAUCAUCCCAAGGACGUCCAAGAAGUCAUGGACAUGAUCGUCCAGGGCAACGCCUACCGAACAGUCUCUCCAACUGCAGCCAACGCGACAUCAUCGAGGUCACAUGCCGUGCUCCAGAUCAACGUGGCACAGAAGGACCGCAACGCCGCAGUCAACGAGCCACACACGAUGGCAACCCUCAGCAUCAUCGAUCUUGCCGGUAGCGAGCGCGCCAGUGCGACCUUGAACCGGGGCGAGAGGCUGCUCGAGGGCGCAAACAUCAACAAGUCCCUGCUCGCCCUCGGCAGUUGUAUCAACGCCCUGUGUGAUGCACGCCGGAAGAACCACGUGCCAUACCGAAACAGCAAGCUCACUAGACUGCUCAAGUUCUCCCUGGGUGGGAACUGCAGGACCGUCAUGAUCGUCUGUGUCAGCCCGUCGAGCGAGCACUUUGACGAGACACAAAACACCCUGCGAUAUGCGAACCGCGCCAAGAACAUCCAGACCAAGGUGACCCGGAACGUGUUUAAUGUUAACCGCCACGUCAAGGACUUUCUGGUCAAGAUUGAUGAGCAGAUGGCGCUCAUCAACCAGCUCAAGGCCCAGCAGAAGGAGGCCGAGGGCAUCUUUUUCGCCAAGUUCAAGAAGAACAUCGAGAAGAGGCAGCAGGCUUCUCGGGAGGGAAUCCAGCGCAUUCGGGCGGCCUACGAUAACGCAUCGGCUGAUAGGCAGGACAAGAUCAACACCAUGAAGAAGCUGAAGCUUUUUGAGCGGAGGAUCGGCAUGCUGUCUGCAUGGAUCGCCGCCUUCGACACUGUCUGUGACGCGCGGGAGGACGAAAAGAUGCCACCAAACCUGGCAGCCAUGCGCAAAACAGCACAAGGCAUCCUGGUGGAGCUCGAAUCCAGCCGGCAUCACAUCCACCAGAAGCUGGGACGUUCCAACUGGGAGCGGGCGCUUGACUCAGCCCUGCAACAUAGCAUCCUACAGCUCCCAUCUGGGGAUGGUAUCGCAGAUUGUGGCGAGGCUGCCUCGCUCAGCCGUGAGGCAGACGCCCUGAAGGCGCAGUUCACGCGUGAAGCAAACCAGCAGAUCCUCGAACAGGAGAAAGGAGCGGACGCGGCUAUCAUCCAGGCUCUCCUGAGCGCCCAGUUCCAGAUGAUCUCUUCCAUGGCUGAUCUGAUGGCCCUCGACGAGGAGGACGCGGUCGCACAGGCAAAGGAUAUUAUCAAGCGCCUGCUUGAGACGGGCUACUCGGCAGCAUCUCAUGUCAUCAAGCCGGACGGCUCCAUGAUGCCAGCUGAGAUGUUUCCGCCCUCCAAGCGGGGGACGCCCAAGAGAAAGAAAGGCUCCAGCAUCCACGUCAAGGCGAUCCCAGCGCCGUCUUUCGUGGCUGCGCCGCCCACGCCCACCCGUGAACAUGCUCCAUCUCCCCUCAAAUCUCCCCGACGCAGAAGGGUCGUCAACACUAGGAAGAGCGUCUCGUUCAGUCCCGCCAAGAAGAGGUUGACCCCGAAACGGAUUGUCCGCUGGCGGGACGAUGAGACGGAGGACGGAACCCUCGCGGACUAUGACAAGACACCAAAGAAGUUUGAUCCUAGCCCUAGCCCUCAACAUGCUGGUGCUGGUACUGCUGCUGCUGCUGCUGCAUCGCCAGAUACAUCCAUCCUCCCUCGACCGACGGUUCCUUCGUACCUCCCUAACAAUGACGAUGCGGCCUCAGACGCAAGCCCCUCACUCGUACUACCGGAGACCUCUAGCAUCCCGACAUCGAAGCCCAGCAGAUUUCAGGCCGGAUUCCUGUCCAAGUCGCGAUCACCGCAGGGGGGCAAGGACGGCAGGGGUUCUUCUCCACUGCGAUCCCUUGAUGUGGACAGAACGGGUAACAACCUCUCUCCGCCAUCCUCUGGAUCCUUGCGGUCAAGUCCGAAGCCACCUAGACUCACUCCGUUGGAUGAAAACAGCCCUCCUCCCGCAGCGAACGCCAACGCCUCCCUCUCGCCUUCCGCUUCGAAUAGUGACUCCGAACCGACCGCGACGAUUGACGCGACAAAGCUCCGAACCGCUCUUCACCUCGCCAAGAGAAGAGACCGUCUAUCCAGCAUGGGGAGCACGGCGAGCUCCAACGCGAAGCGUAUCUCUAGUGUCGGCACCACGGGUGGCAUCGAUCGCCGCCGUUCCCUCCACCGGGUCUCCUCCUCGUACUCCGGUCCACUUGCCUCGUCCACCAACGGAAUCUCCCGACAGCGACGACGAAGUGGGUCUACCGAGCAGGCAGCUGGACGACACAAAAACCCCCCUAUGUCGUGUUCUCCUCCGGGAGGAGCUCGCGCCUUCACCGCUGGCCAGGCCAGGCGCAUGAACAUGGGUGGAAGCAUGAAGCUCGACGGUAUGGUCAGCCCGAGGACACUCGCAGACAAGGCAACGCCGUCCCGAAGCGGCAUCGAUGUGAAGGCUAGAAGAAUCACCAUCGGAGGCGCCGCCGCCGGCGGGAUGCCUGCACCUGGGAAGCGAUCGAGCGUAGUAUGGCGAUAG